GCGACCUCGUAGGGCUGCCUGGCUGCUCUAGGGAGUUUGGGUGCCUCAGCGCGCCAUCAAGGAGAAGCUGCGGUGGGGUCAGGGCGCGGAUGCUGGAAGUUCACAUCCCCUCGGUGGGGCCCGAGGCCGAAGAGCCCAGGCAGAGUCCAGAGAAAGGCCACAUGGUGUUCCAAGUGGAGGUGCUGUACAGUGGACGCAGACACACCGUGCCGAGGCGCUACAGCGAGUUCCACGCUCUACACAAGCGGAUCAAGAAACGGUACAAAGUGCCUGACUUUCCCUCAAAACGCCUGCCCAACUGGAGGACCAGAGGAUUGGAACAGCGCCGGCAGGGCUUGGAGACCUAUAUCCAGGGUAUCCUAUACCUGAAUCAGGAUGUGCCCAAGGAGCUACUGGAAUUCCUGAGACUUAGACACUUCCCCACAGACUCCAAGGCCAGCAGCUGGAGCACCCUGAGGGAAUUCCUGCCUAGUGACACCAGCUCACAGCUGCACCACAGGCCCGUCAUUGGCUUCCGUAUGGACCCCUACAUUUACACCCCUUCGCCAGUACCUCUCCCGGAAGUGGUGGUGGACGGUGUACUCCAGGGCCUCUAUGGCUUCAGCACUAGCCCAGCCAAAGGCUAACUGUCAUCCUGCUCCAUCGCCAAUGCCCUGACUAGCCCAGUCUUUGGGUCACUUGUCAGGACAGUUAUGUGCCUCAGUCCUAGGAGUUCCAUAUAAGAAACUGGGUCUUCCCUGGGACUGGCCUCAGGAUGUAACUAGCUGAGGCUCAGUU